AGCAUUUGCAUCAUGUGACUGCUGGGAUCUGGAUACUUUAUUUAUUGAUUACGCAAUGGUUUGUAUGCAUGAAAGCAAGUACACUCAGCUGUUCUGCAUUUAUCGAUGGCCACUCUGCCCACUUCUUGUCAUUGAACGUGAGGCAUCGCAAGAAUCUUGACCUAGGUAUUUGGGAUCAUUCUCUGAUACCUGCAGUUUAUGUAAUCUGCAGCACAACGAAUAGACGCGUCAUCUAGCUCAUCAUGGCAAGCGAUCCCCAGCCCCCACUGAACAAGUCAAGCGCCGACGAACAGGCCAUCCAAAGCCAAUUCCAUCGCCUCCGCUCGCUCUUCAAAGACUCGGACUACUCCACACACCCUGAACGCUGGGACACGCUAUGGAAGGAAUCCUUCACCCCCUGGGACCGCGGCGGGCCCAGCCAAGCCCUCGAUGAAGUCCUGUCCCUCCACCGCGAGCUCUUCCCCAAUGCCCCAAGUACGGCUCAUGAUUGGGACAAGUCAAAACCCAAAGCUUUAGUGGCCGGCUGUGGGAGAGGCCACGACGUGCUACUCCUGUCUGCACAUGGGUAUGACGUCUACGGACUUGACUCAUCCGUGACAAGCAUAGAGGAGGCUAAGAAGAACGAGAAACGGGUGGCGGAAGAGGAUGCAGAGGGCAAGUGGAAGGAGAUGUAUGCGCCGAAGAGGGAGCUAGGCGUCACGACAAAGGGCAGGGUGAUGUGGGUGACGGGAGACUUUUUCGAGGACGACUGGGUGAAUGAUUCGGGAUAUGGAAAGGUGAAGACUGGGUUUGAUCUCAUUUUUGACUAUACGUUCUUUUGCGCCCUUCCGCCUGAAGCACGCCCACAAUGGGCCAAGAGAUUGUCCGAUCUUCUCAACCCCGACGGCGGAAGAUUAGUUUGCCUCGAGUGGCCACUUGACAAGGACCCCAUGACCGGCGGCCCGCCUUGGGGUGUGUCGGGCGACCUGUAUCUUGCCCAUCUUGGGCAUCCGGGUCAGUUGUUGCAAUAUGACGACAAGGGACAGGUAGUGGACGGAAGCGCGGAUACAACACCGGUUGCUCUCAAACGGCUGGCACGUACACAGCCUGCAUGCACACACAAGGCUGGGUACGACAACCAAGGAAACGUGGUUGACCGUGUUUCGGUCUGGAGCCACCAGUAAGGGUGGUCAGGGGAACCCUUUUCGGUUACAGUUACUUUGUGUGUGUGCGAAAGAGCAACCUAGCAACAGGGAGAGUAGCACUUUUAUCGUUUGUUUGAUAACUCGCCUUUUGGCAAAUCAUGGUCUCAAACAGCUGCUUUGCGUAGCGAGUUGAAGUGUUCUCCAAGGCCAUAUCCAUGACGAUAGUACGCCAACCACAGGACCUUCAGCUCCUCCUUGUCCCCGUUGCUCUCCCCAUUUGCGACAGCGUUGGGUUGUAUCACCUCCGUCCGACCGUCUUGCACCACCCUGAUCUCCACGUUAUACGCGUUUGCCAGCGCCGUCAGCUCCAGCUGUCCACCCCACUCUGCUGUGUCUCGUAUCUUGGCCACGUAGGUCUCGAAGGGCUCCUCGAGAAAAGGCGCAAAAUCGUCCGUGUGUUUCUCCAUGUAGUCAACCGCCACAUGACGCACGAUCCUAUAAGGCGGCAGCUUCUCUUGUGUUUGGGCUCCCUUGUUUGCGGACAAGGCCCCAUCUACUGGGAGCCCGUGGACAGCAAGCUGGUCUGCCACUGCGGAGAAGAGGCAAUGCCCAUCGGGUUCGAUAUCCUUCUCUUCCAAAGAAUGCGCCUUGAAUUCGCGCAACAUAUAUGCCUUUUCGAUACCGCGAUGGUCCACCAUGCUCGAGGCCUCUUGCUCGGCUGCUGCCGAAGCAGCUUCUACUUCCGCUUGGCGACGGGCGAGACGCUCCUUCUGGCGGUUUCGUUUCUUUCCUCCGCCGCUGGAGGACUGCUCUACCGGAGGAGGGGGCCUUGUAUUACUCGACUGUUCUGAGACGGUGGUCUUCUGUAGCUUCUCGGUCACAUCGUUGACUGUUGGUUCUUCGACGUCUUGCUCUUCCUCAAGCUCCUGGGCCUGCUCGUCGUUGUCGUCAUUGUCGUCACCUCCUUGCAGCUUCCUGAGCUCCUCCUCUUGUCUCGCUUUGAGUUCGAGCUCCAAUUGGGCGCAUUCAUCAUUGACGCCCUUGCGUGUCUUCUUAGUCGCGUUCUUCUUCUUGUUUGUGAUGCGUGACACAAGGUCUCUUUGCUCCUUGCGAUGCCGAGCUUGCAUUUGUUCGAGGGUUUCGGACUCCAUGCUUGCUUGCUCUUGUAGGACCUAUUAAGCUUAAAGGAAUAGUGGCAAUUUCAGGCGAGUUGAAGGUAGCCCGAGAGGAGACUCAAAUGACUCGUGCAGUUAGCCGUAGUCUCAAAUGUGUUGUGGUUGCGAAGAGUGAAGGGAGGGCGAGGAAGCAAUCUCGACAAACACUCGACGUAGAAGUCGUACGCGAGUGGGCCAGUGGCGGGGCAGCUCAUAGUACAGCUUUAACCCUAACCCCGCUUACUGCACCAAGAGGGGUAGCACGCUGUGGGGUAACUCAGGCACCGACCGACCGAUCUGUACAAAGUACGGAUUGCGAGAACGUUCGAUGCAAGCACAACCAGCCUCAUAAAGAAAUAUUAGACGAAUUGUUCUCAAGCCAAACCACUGCGCCGUUGGUAUAGUGGUUAGCAUACUCGCUUCCCAAGAAAUCCUCUAAUUAGCGAGUGACCCGAGUUCGAAUCUCGGACGGCGCACAUCUUUUUGCCUUUUUCUCGUUCCAUUUCCAAGUCUUG